UGCCUCAGCGUUCUUCCUCCAUUAAUGAUGGCGUCCGCGGCCACGCCGUCACGUGUGGUGCAUCGCAUUCGAAGCUGCGGAUCUGGCGUGGUGUCGACCAGCUUUCUGAGCAUCUGUGCCACAACCACGUUUGGUUCGUGCCUCCGGUGGCUGCUCUCGACCCCCGUACCAGAUGAAACUGGAGCGUUUGCGAAUGCGCUGGAGUGGACGUUGGUUGUCGUCGCGCAGACCCUGCUCGUGGUGUGCAGCCUUGUAGUGGUCUUAUACCUGCUUCUUUUCCUGCCCCAGCAAGUCCCAUCUCGAUCGUCAUCGAUCCGAUUCUCUGUCGCAUUGCGCGUGUGCCGCCUGGAGACGAUUGCCCUUGUCGCGACGCUUGGCUUGACGUCGUUUGUCUGGAACGCCCUCUUUCGAUACUUCGUAUCGAAAGAACUCCAUUUGUCGACCGAUCAUGCCACCGUUUUCGUGCAAGCAAUUCUUCUCGCGACGUUCGUUGUGUUUGCUCCACACCACCUUCUUGCCCAUCGGCCCAUUGUGAGCGACCCGGUCGUGUCGCUGCUCUCUAGCAUCCCCCUCAUUCUCGUCCGCACGGCGCAGUCGUCCGCAGUCGCGACACUCGGUAUCCUAUAUGGUGCUGAGGACCGUGCGCCUUUCGCCUUGGUGACCCUCAUUGCGUCGUCGUCGACUUUGUUUUUCGUGUACUUUACGACGGCCAAGGCGUUCUCUUGCUUGUUUUUGCGAACGGCAUAUAGCUGGGAAGGUGCAUCGGUGCCCCCCAUUGCAUGGCUUGACCUGCAGCACCCAGCAGUGUCCUGCACAGAGUGCACCCAGCAGUUGCCCGCCUCCCCAACCUCUCAAGCCCAACCUCUAACGCCGUCCGUGCUAUCGAGCCUACGAACAAAUCCAUCCGCGACGUACAUUUCGUUUCUCGAAGCAAGAUCGUCAUGCCACAGCGCGCCACGUGGCAGCAUUCAUCCGCACCUGGUUCCAUCGACGCGAUCGCUCGAGUUUUGGGACUUGUGGUUUCAAGCAGCAGACUUGCAUCUCGCGGCCGCCAGCGGCCAAAGCGCCGCCUUGUUCGCGUCCGAAGACGUUUGGCUGCGCGUGUUCCAGGUGACGACUGCCACGAUCGACGGUUUUGCGUGCAUGUGGCGCGCUCUCGGGAAGCAGUCGGCGCCGUCAUCGUCGUCCAAGGACCGAGUCAACUGGACGAAACUAGGUGCCGUGACGUGGCAAAUUGCCACGAGCGUUCAGCCGUCGCCAUCGACGUUGCUUCAACUGAUCUCGACCUCCCCUGCCGUGCUUGCAUUUGUCGCGACGGGCGGCAGCCAAGCCGCGCCGUCGCCGUGGAUCUGGCUCGAGAAAUGGCUCGCCAACUCGUUAUGGCACUUUACGCUGGCCACGAUUUUGCUCACUUCCAAGACUGUAGUGCAUUGCAUCGACGCGGUGGCCACCGCUGUGUGCACGUCGUUUGCCAAGGAUAAGCAAGGCAUUGUGCAGGUCACACUUCCCGCGAUCGUGUACUCGUUGGCGGCGUGCCGCGUCGCGAUCGACGGCCACCGCGCCACGCAGUACGAAGAGUACGAAGCGAUUGUGUAUGCCCUGGACUCGGCACUGCAAAAGAUCACAGCCGUGUUUGGCCAUGCCAUGCCAGAAUUGACCCAACGGUUCCCGCCUGCCCUCGCGUCGACAGUUCAGAGUUAUCUCGCGUGCAAGUAAUCGACAAUCGAGCGAGUGCCGAUCGGCACUUUCGUUUGCAAGCAGUGUGUGACGUGCACGGCAUUUUUCGCUUGUUGGACA